UUUUAACUGAAUAUCACACAUGUGGACAAGAGCACAAACCAUAACUGCACAGCCCGUGAGUUUUCGCGAAUAAGCACACUCGUGAAACCAGCACCUAGAUCAAGAACCAGACCAACAUCAGCACCCAGAGGCCUCGGCCGCACCCUCUUUCAUUGAGUGGUCCUUUCAACCCUCAAAAUGCAUGGGAGCUCACUGGCCCUUCUGGCCGCGGUGAGCCAUGUCCGCAGCUGGUCAGAAAGACACAGGGGCCGAGAAAAGCAACGUCUUACCGAUGAACUUGAAGCGAUUCAUGACCGUCGACUCGACUCCUCCCCGGAUGAAGCGGAAGUGGCCGUCUUUCGCCCCGCCCUUCCGGUCGCCGGCCGCCGGUUUCCCGGGAGUUCCCGCGGCCGCUGAAGGUGAGCGGGUCAUUAUGGCGUUCUCGGCGCCGGCGGCCUACCUGACUCACCAACAGAAGGUGUUGCGGCUUUAUAAGCGGGCGCUGCGCCACCUCGAGUCCUGGUGCAUCCACAGGGAUAAAUACCGGUAUUUUGCUUGUUUGAUGAGAGCCCGGUUUGAAGAACAUAAGAAUGAAAAGGAUAUGGUGAAGGCCACCCAACUGUUGAAGGAGGCGGAGGAGGAAUUCUGGUACAAUCAGCAUCCACAGCCAUAUAUCUUCCCAGAUUCUCCCGGGGGUACCUCCUAUGAGAGGUAUGAGUGUUACAAGGUUCCUGAGUGGUGCUUAGAUGACUGGCAUCCUUCGGAGAAGGCAAUGUACCCUGAUUACUUUGCCAAGAGAGAGCAGUGGAAGAAACUGCGGAUGGAAAGCUGGGAGCGAGAGGUUAAGCAGCUCCAGGAGGAAACCCCGCCUGGUGGUCCCAAGAGUGAAGCUUUGCCCCCUGCCCGGAAGGCAGGUGAUUUGCCGCCGAUGUGGUGGCACAUUGUGACCAGGCCUCGGGAACAGCCCAUGUAGAGAGAGAGGAAGAUGCCUCACUCUUCACAUUUGCAAGUGAAAUAAGUCACAGCUUAUACACACACUUGCCCUAAUAAAAAUAACUAAACAUGG